GUCUCACUUUCCAUUCAUCAAUGGCGAUUUCAACUUCAUCUUCCUUGUUUACUUCCCCUAAUAUCCAUUUCAAUUCACACAAACCGUUACAUUCAAGUUCAAGCUCGGUCCGAUUUGGAAGAACUCGGGUUUUUGGGGCUUUUGCCACCGCGGAGAGGACGGGUAACACUAGCUCUUUGUCGUUGUACGAGGUGCUUGGGGUUGGUGUUGGUGCGGACACGUUAGAGGUGAAAGGAGCGUACCGGAGAUUAGCUAGAGUUUUGCAUCCGGAUGUGAGAAGUUGUGAGUCUUCGGCGGAUGAGUUCAUGAAAGUGCACUUGGCUUAUACUACACUUGUUGAUCCUGAAAAACGAGCGGCGUAUGAUCGCAGUCUUGUUCUUCAUAGGAGGACUGAGAUGAGAUUUGCCCGUAGCCACCGGUCAAGAAGAUGGGAGACGGAUCAGUGUUGGUAGAGAUUGAUGUAUAAAUUAAUGUGGAUAUUAGAGUUGGUUCAAUUUUAAGAACCAUUCGGACAAAUCAUUUGCUUGAUUUUGAAGUAGGAUAUGAUUGUUCAACCUGUUUUUGUUAUUAUAUUUGAUUCCUGUUAAUGAAAAUUGUUAUAGUCAUACUUUCUAUUACGUCGUUCUAAUAAAUUAUUUCUUUAUAAAUAUAUAUAUUUUUUUU